AUGGAUGCCUUAAAACUGCCCUGCCCACUACAGUUGACCGGCAAUGUCAGAAGGAACUGGGAACUCUUCAAGCAAAGACUGGACCUAUUCCUGACGGCUACCUCGACAGACCAUCCCAAGACAGAAGCGGUCAAGGCGGCCAUCCUCCUGAGCGCCGCGGGUGACGAAGCGCUUGAGGUCUAUAACAACUUCACAUUCGCCGAAGGUGAGCUCAAGGAUGACUACGAGACACUAGUGCGGAAGUUUGACGCAUACUUUAUUGAGCAAGGAAACGAGGUUUACGAACGCCAUUUGUUCCGUAUGCGAGUCCAAGAUGAAGGAGAGCGAUUCGAGCGGUUUGUACGUGACCUGAGGACGCAAGCCAAACUUUGUAAUUUCGGGACCCUUGAAGAGUCUUUGAUUAGGGACCAGAUUGUAUUCGGGACUAAUAACAAGACUGUCCGAGAGAAAAUGUUGCGGGACAAAACCUUGACUCUACAAAAAGCCGAGAACAUAUGCAAAGCAGCUGAAGCGGCGGCACAACAAAAUGCUGCAUGGGCCAACGAGCGCGUGCAAGUAGACUCCACUCGCCGAUAUGAACGCGGCAAAGAACAAAAAGGCCGGUGCAAGCACUGUGGUCGAGCGCACGCGCCACGGCAAUGUCCAGCAUACGGAAAAACUUGCUACGCAUGUAAAAAGCAGAAUCACUUUACAUCGUGCUGCAAGAACCCGCAAGUUCACGGCAUUCAGGAAGAUCGUGAAGACAGCUUUGAUGUCCUUGACGUCAGCAUCUGUGGCAUAAGCACAAAACCAGGGAAAGACUGGACAGUGCGUGGCAAGGUCUCUGGUCACGAGAUAGAACUGAAAGUCGAUACUGGUUCCCAAGCCAACUUGAUUCCGCUUAGCAUUUUUCAGCGCAUCUCGAAAGUGAACACGUUGCGCAAGAGCGCAGCAGUGCUGACUGCCUACAACGGCUCCGAGAUCAAGCAUCUCGGUGUCGCCACUAAAGCACUAGAGAUGAACGGUACCACGAGAGAUACUGCCUUCUUUAUCGUCAAGAAAGGACGCCAAGCGAUCAUUGGCUUGAGCACAUGCAUCGAGUUCGGCAUUGUCCCAGCAAACGUCGACUCAGUCAGGCGAAGUGGAAAAGCAGGGCCAGAAACAGAAUUUGCACAUCUUUUUCAUGGAACGGGCUGCGUACAAAGAACGUACAAAAUGGUUCUGCGACCAGACGCGGUUCCAGUCGUACAACUUGCUCGGAAAGUACCUUUGGCACUGAAGCAACCAUUGCGUGACGAGCUGGCACGCAUGGAGAAGGCGUCCAUCAUCGUCAAAGUAGAAGAACCCACUGAAUGGUUCGUUCCUGGAAAGGACCUGCUCCUGGCUGACAUGCUCUCCCGUGCGCCCUCCCUUUCACCAAACCCGGAAGCAAUGGAGGACAUCUAG